AUCCCUACACUACCUUUUUUGCAAUGUGAUCUUGUGGAUGGCUAGCUCAAAUAUCGUAAUUUUUUCACAAUUCUCUAGAUUAUAAUCAGUAUAUUCUAAUUCAAUUCUAAUAAGUUAGUAAAUAAAAUAUUAUAUAAACAGUGUAAACGUUUACAAGUGCUUUGGUUAGACUUCGACAAUUUUGUACCAAGAUGUCGGUGAUAGUCCACAGUUUUGGCAAUGAAGAGAAGCUUGUCGAUUUGUGAAGUUCACAAAUUUUCUUAUUCCUAUGAGCUUUAUGGCGUGUUAAUGUGUAAAUAUAGUUGAUAGAUAGAAUCGGUCCCAUUAUGAAUCAAGAAUCCGAACCCGAUUUACAAAAUCAGAUACAGAACAGUCAAGAAAUUAUAUUAAAAAUGAAAAAUAAAAAGGCCAAAGACCCCACGGAGCCGACUGACGACGUAGCUAUAUUGAAUCAAGAAACCCUAACCGAGUCAUUAGCUAAUACACUUCAUUUGAAUAAGUUGAACAGUAACAUAACCAAUGGCACCAGUGACCACUUGCAAGGGAGUGGCAGUCCAGCCAGCCCCGAAGACAGCCUACCGCGCGAUGUAGCUCUAAGUGAAGCCAACAGUCAUGUAAAUAAUGUACAUUGUAGUGAAGCUGCUGGGGACGGCACUGCGGAGCCACAGACCAGCUCCGGCCAGAUGCACAUUGUAAGGAACCUUGUUGAAGAAGCUCUCGAAAACCUUGAAAAUGCUCUCAGUAUGCAGGAGAAACCAAAUGAUGAAAUAGAAAUAAUUUCCUACGAGUCUGAACUUCAAAUGCCUGAAAUCAUGAGACUUAUUCAAAAAGAUCUUUCAGAACCAUAUUCAAUCUAUACUUACAGAUAUUUUAUACAUAAUUGGCCUAAACUCUGCUUUUUGGCCACCUUUGAAGAGAAAUGUAUUGGAGCUAUUGUUUGUAAGUUAGAUAUGCACCGCAAUGUAGUUAAGAGGGGAUACAUUGCUAUGUUAGCUGUAGAUGAAAACUACAGGAAGAAAAAAAUUGGCUCAAGACUGGUACAGAAAGCAAUACAGGCUAUGAUAAAUGACAAUGCUGAUGAAGUUGUACUAGAAACAGAAAUCACAAAUAAGCCCGCACUGAAGCUCUACGAGAAUCUUGGCUUUGUUCGGGACAAGCGACUAUUCAGAUAUUACUUAAAUGGAGUUGAUGCAUUGCGAUUAAAGUUAUGGUUAAGGUGAAAUAAGUAGAUAACUAAUGGGAUGUUCUCAAUGUUGUGUCCUAUACAUCAAGGAGGCUUGUAUGGCACCAAGCGAUCUCUAGUAUAAAUCGGUUUUCUACUGUUAAAGAUAUGAUAUAGGUAUAACCUUUUAUCAACCUGCUAUGUGCAUUAUAGCCAAAUGUAUAGUUUGUUUCAGUUAUUCUUUUUACUCAUGUGAUAUGUUUUAUCUUAUUUAUGUGUUGGAUUUUUUUAAAUAAUAUAUUAUGUCCCAAUUUCAUACCUAUCCUUUAAUAUAAAGGUUCUACAUAAAUACCUAUCUAAACUUUAAAAUACACAACUUUGAAGAA